UUAAAAGGACAGGCAGGGGGCAGGGGAUCACCGAUUAACAGCGGCACUUGGUGUAAAGGUCUUCAGCAGACAAGACACUUAAAUGGAGAAGAUAAAACUGGAAGACUGCUAUGUCUCUGAGGAAUAUGGCUUUAUACUCCAGGACCCCCUGGUUAAGCUUCCUGAAUACUACAAACCCUGGAUGGAUAUAGCAGAACUCUUAGCAGAACUAAUUGAAGAAAAGAAACUGCAGGGUGAGGUCGCCAAGAUACCAGAACUGGACACACAGCACCUCAAGGGGUACAGACAACUGCGCCUGGCCCGUGUGAUGCUCACUCAUAUAAUCAUGGGUUACGUGUGGCAAAACGGAGAGACUGCGGGACUCAAGGUGCUGCCUCGUAACCUGGCUGUGCCCUUUAGCAAUGUGUCCCAGAUCCUUGGGUUGCCGCUGAUCAUUGUCCAUGCAGACCUAGUUUUGGCUAACUGGAAACGGAAGGAUCCCACCGGGCCUCUGACAAUAGAGAACCUUUCCACCAUUGUGUCUUUCCCAGGAGGUGAUAACUUGCAGGGCUUUAUACUGGUCACACUGCUUGUGGAGGUGGCAGCUAUUCCAGGGGUCAAUGCUGUCAUUAGGACUGUGAGUGCCGUACAAGAAGAUGACAAGCAGAUGCUUCUCUCAGCACUACAAGACUUGAAGCAAUCCAUAACCAAGAUGUCUGCAGCUCUGCAGCUCACGUAUGAUUACGUGAACUCUGAUGUGUAUUACAACACAAUCCGCACAUUCCUCUCUGGUUGGAAGGAUAACCCGAAUAUGCCAGAAGGUAUGCUAUAUGAAGGCGUCUCAGAAGAACCCCUCCAUUUCUCAGGGGGUAGUGCUGCUCAGAGCUCGGUGUACCAUGCGUUGGACGAACUGCUGGGAAUUCAGCACCAAUCUGACAGUGCUGAUUUUCUCCUAAGGAUGCGCAGUUACAUGCCUCCAGCCCACAAUCAAUUUAUUAAUUGGGUUAGAGAAGCCCCCAACUUGUUGGAAUACGUAUCCAGAUCUGAGGAUCCAACUCUCCUGUCAACUUUCAAUCAGUGCAUCUCUGCACUCACAGAGCUUCGUUCCCUCCAUAUCCGCAUUGUCUCCAACUAUAUCAUUACAGCUGGGGCCCGCGCCAGGAUGAAGAAGAACCAGACGGAGAAUUGGGGUCAAGAGCAGCAGGAGAGGGGUACUGGUGGCUCACAAAUGAUGACCUUCUUAAAGAGUAUCCGUGACACCUGCAAGGAGGGAAUAAUCAAGCACAGUACUCCAGGAGACCACUGAUGUCAUUCUCCACCAUGAAUCUCUUCUUUCAAAGGUGUUCACAAAACAUAGUGAAUUUGUUUUCCAGAUAGACACCAGAACUCAUGCUAAAACUAUAUCUAGCAACUUUAAAGGACAAUUCCACACAAACUGAAAACCUAGUAUGGGUUGGACUAUGAUUAGAUCUCCACCUUCAGGGUGUUUACUGACCAAAAGACCGUGGUUUUAGAGAUUUGUUGGUGCACCAUGGUCUCUAGUCUCCUGAAUGUUCUUCAAGGAGCUUUGCUAAAUGUUCUUUGUCUCUAUAGAUG